AUGCCACCUCGAUGGGCGGGAUCAGCGCUGACUUAUUCCAAGGUUAGGAAGCAAGCUCCUGCAUGGAAGGGAAAGGCUGUCAAGAACGGAGAGAUUGUCGACCUCGCCUCCUCGGACUACAAGGGCAAGUGGCUGGUCCUGUUCUUCUAUCCCCUCGACUUCACGUUUGUUUGCCCGACUGAGAUCGUUGAGUUCAACAACAAGUACGCUGAGUUCAAGAAGCUGGGAGCCGAGGUCGUCGGUGUCUCCGUCGACUCCCCCCACACUCACCUCGCAUGGACUCGCACAGACAGGAAGGACGGAGGGCUCGGCGCCAUCGACUUCCCCCUCCUCUCUGACAUCACGAAGCGGAUCUCCUCCUCCUACGGCGUGCUGGUGGAGGAUGAGGCGGACGAGCACUUUGGAGUAACCAUGAGGGGAACUUACAUCAUCGACCCCGAGGGUGUUGUCCGCUCCUUUUCCAUCAACGACGAGCCGGUAGGGCGCAACAUCGACGAGGUCAUGAGGCUACUUCAGGCUGCCCAGCACGCGGCCGCCAACAAGGGCCAGGGCUGCCCGGCGAACUGGAAGAAGGGAGAUAAGACUAUCAAGGCCAACAGGAAGGACUCGCUGGAGUUCUUCAAGCAGUGGAUGUGA